AUGCAAAAGCACUACGCAGCCCAGUUCACCAAGGGCGCCCGGACCUCUGCCGAACGCUGCUUCUUGGAUCCUGAAGCGGGGCAUCAAAGAGGAUGCUGUCACCGGUCACGUCAGGACCCUGCGGCGCCUCAAGCCCAUGGGCCCUGUCGGCCGUCCCCCCAGUCACACUGGCAGCAGGCCUACCACAGACACCGGGGGGGCAGCAGCUGGCACCGGGGCCCCCUGUCCCCGGUUCUGCAGCAGCAGCAGCAGCAGCAGCAGCAGCAGCGGCGGCGGCAGCAGCCCCCGCCCCCCAGCCCCCUACGGCAGCGCAUCUGCCCAGUGCACGGGGCCCCGAAGGGGCUGCCCACAGCCACCACCACUCCCCCGACACCUGUCAGCGCCCCCCAGCUGCCCCCCAAACUCACCACGUCACCCAGUGCAGCACCCAGCACGACCAGCAGCGGCCCAACAGAGCCCUUGGCACCCGGCACCCUCCUGGAGCCCAGCGAACCCACAGAAGCCCGGCCCCUGCCGGCGCCCGCAGCCUGCGGCUCCUUCACCUACGGCGCCGACAUCCUGACUGAGGAUGAUGUCUACUGCAGCUGCCUGGCCAAGACCCUGUGCCAUGUGCCAGUCCCUGUGACCGUGGGUUUCUAUGCCCCCUUCGGCUGCCGCCUGCACAUGAUGUUAGACAAGAUAACCAUGCUGAUGCAGCAGGAGGCCGCUCAGCGCGAAACCGAGGAGCUGCAGCGAGUGCAGUGGCGACCGCGGCGGGUUCGGGGCUGGGGCGUCCCGCAGCUGCUGUGGUACCUGGUGUUCCUGCAGCCCAUCAUCACCGAAGUGCACCUGCGACGCAAGAACGUGCAGUUCCUCUUCAUCCGCUUCAGCGCCUGGCAGUACGCGGGCACUGACAAGCUGUGGGCCGGGCUGGUGACCACGCUGUGCGAGGGCAUCCGCCACCACUACGGCGCGCUGCCCUUCAGCGUGUACUCGGUGCUGGGGAACAAACCCACCACGACGGCGACGAGCUUCUGCCAGCGCGAGUGGCACUGCCGGGUUCGCGUGUGCCUGGCGCUGGUGGCGCUGGUGGCGGCGCUGGGCCUGGGCGUGGGGCUGCUCUACCUGUCCCUGGGCAGCAGCCACGCGGGGGGCCACGGCGCGGUGGCCGGCGGCCACCUGCUCAAGGUGUUCGGCGGCGCGGCCACCACGCUGUCGGGCUCGGGGCUGCUCAUGGCCGUGUACUCGGUGGGCAAGCACCUGUUCGUGAGCCAGCGCAAGAAGAUCGAGCGGCUGGUGUCUCGCGAGAAGUUCGGCAGCCAGCUGGGCUUCAUGUGCGAGGUGAAGAAGGAGGUGGAGCUGCUGACGGACUUCCUGUGCUUCCUGGAGAUCUACCAGCGGCGCCGGCUGCGCGUGGUGCUCGAGGUCACCGGGCUGGAUACGUGCUACCCGGAGCGCGUGGUGGGCGUGCUCAACGCCAUCAACACGCUGCUCUCCGACAGCCACGCGCCCUUCAUCUUCAUCCUGGUGGUGGAUCCCAGCAUCCUGGCCGCCUGCCUGGAGAGCGCGGGGAACAUGAAAGGCACGGCGGAUAACGGCUACCUCUUCCUCAACCGCACGGUCACGCUGCCCUUCUCCGUGCCCAUCAUGGGGCGCCGCACCAAGCUGCAGUUCCUGCACGACGCCGUGCAGAGUCGCGACGACCUGUUGUAUCGUGAGAUUACGCGCAAGCUGCGGCUGCCGGUGGGCGAGGGCGCAGGCGCGGGCGGCGAGGUGGUGCAGCUGCUGGCGGUGGAGACGCAGACGGUCGAGGGCGCGCGCUCGCAGGGCCACAUCGACGAGGAGGCGGCGCGCCGCAUCCACGAGGCGCUGCUCUGCCUGCACGACGAGCGCGACUGUCUCUACGAGUACGUGCCGGACAACGUGGUGUCCAUGCGGCGCAUCGUCAACACGGUGCCCAUCACCGUGCGCCUGCUGCAGCAGCAGCAGCAGCAGGCCGAGUGCCUGGGGCCCACGCCGCGCCAGGCCGUGGCCUGGGUGGUGCUCGCCAACCAGUGGCCUUGUCGCCUCAGCUGGGUGUUGCAGUGUCUGGAGGACCGGCAGCAGGCCGGGGGCGCGCCUGAUGGCCGCGCACGCCUCUGGGACGUGUUCUGCGACAACAGUCGCGAGCUGCACACCAUGACCAAGGCUCUGCAGAACGUGCUGGACCUGGACGGGGACCCUGAGCUCUUCGAGCGUUUCCUGGGGGGCGAUUUCCCCUUCACCGUGGCCGAAGCGCAGAGCCUGCUCCGAUGCACGGUCAACCUGGACCACUCCAUCCGCCGUCGCAUGGGGCUCAUCCGGGCGGUCAGUGCCCUCAAGCCCCCCAGCCCGCCCAGGUCCCCCGCCACCCCGGAUGCCUCCCAUGCAGCCAACAGAGCCAACGAGUCAGGGGCAGCCCCAGCCGGCCGGAUAUCAAGGCAAGCCAAUGCAGUCCAAGCUCGGGACUGGGCCUCUGGGGCCAAGUUGAGGCCAGUAGUUUGAGUUCCCAAACCCCCAGGGGUCCUGGAAUGGGGGCCUCCCGCCUGGAUGACAGAGGCAGGGGUGGGACUGGCCCCAAGCCCCAAAAGGAAGAAGCCAAUGGGGAACAAAAAACCCUGGAUGGCUCUGAGAGCCCCAGUGGGAGAGACAGGCUGUGGCCUCCAGAAGUGGACCUGUGUCACUGAGCGCCGAGGGAAGGGCCAGUGGAGGACAUGGAGUUCGAGUG